UAAAAUCCGUACGUAAAAAGCAACUCCAAAACUUAUUUCUCAAAGUCCAACACUGGAUUGGAAAAUUCGAAAGAAUUUAUAAGGCGGUGGGAUGUUGUACAGGGUUGGUACCUGGAGCUUGAGAAAUCAUAGAGCUUGCCAGUUUGGGAAAAGAUGAUAACAACAGCUUCAGGUUCACACAGAAUCGACAGCUCUCCAGCUAUCUUCAAAUCCCCUCUUCUCCUCUUUGAGAAGGUCAACAGCCUUGCCGGCAAGUAGUUGAUCUGCACAGUAGUCAUGGAUCUUUCAAAUAGUGCAAAAGAUCUUAUUGAAAGAGAAGUUUCUGCUUUUGACCAAAGUCCUGAUAAUAGCCUCUACAUGCUUCCAGCAACUCCACAGGCACUAUUGGAGUCCAUGGGUACAAAAGGGUCUACUGGACCUAAAGUUGUUGCUGCUGCAGAAAAAAAUGCUGCUAUAUUAACUGCAAAAGCAGGUGCUAGGGAUCCACCAGCGAUACCAUCCAUAUAUCGCAUAUCUGCUGCCCUUCAGUAUCCUGGUGGUUUGGAGGGUUCAGACGCUGCCUUAUUAUCAAUCCUAGAGUCCCUGGAAUUCUGUUUAAAACUUCGUGGUUCUGAAGCUAGUGUGUUGGAGGACUUGGCAAAGGCAAUCAAUUUGGUCCAUACACGACAGGAUCUUGUUGUGUUGUUGAACCAUGCCUAUAGAGCUCAACAAGAAUAUGAAAGGACAACGAGCUAUUGUUUAAAUGUGGCUGCUGACCAAGAGAAAAUUGUCGUGGAGAAAUGGUUGCCCGAACUUAAGGCUGCAAUUUUGAGUGCUCAGAAGUGCUUGGAAGAUUGCAACUAUGUUAGGGGAUUGCUUGAUGAAUGGUGGGAGCAACCAGCAGCAACUGUUCUUGACUGGGUCCUAGUCGAUGGAUUAAACGUUGCUGCCUGGCAUAAUCAUGUGAAGCAGCUCCUUGCAUUUUAUGAUCAGGAGCACUUGUGAAUAUUAAUCGAGUACUCAGCAAACAAGAUUUUCUCGGGAUCUCCCCGGUCUUCCUUGAUCAACUUUGCCACUUCUACAAAGCCCUGGUCUCAUUCAUUCUGGCAUUACUAAAAGCACCUACAAGGCCUAGUAGAAACGGCUCAAGCUCGACUUCCUGCUUGGAAGGUGAUUCGUCAUCUCUUGCUGGUCGGGCCAGUCUUGUUCAGUCUUCCACCUCCACUAUCCCAGUAUUUGGUAUGCAGACAGGGUUUAGGGUUUAGAGUUUAGGUAUGCAGACAUGGUUGGGCCAAGUUUGCCUUCCGAAGUCUCUUGGUAGGCUUGGCUUGAAAAACAUGAGUUAUGAAUAGCUCUUCUUGCUAAGAACUCUUGGAGAUUGAUGGAGGGGAUAAUGGUCUCUGGGCAAAAGUUUUCAGUGGCAAUUACAUUUACCAUUGGGUCAGUUACUCAAUGAUAAAACUGCUUUAGGCUUUUCUUGUAUUUGGAAAGGUGUUCUUGAAGGGACUAAACUUUUGUAUGAAGGGUUACUUUGGCGAAUUUGAAAAUGGUAAUAUGGUAAAAUUUUGGACUGACAAAUGGGCUAAAUAUGGUAUUUUGCUUCAUUAUGGUAGCUGCCCGCUCUCGGACGAUAUGCUUAAGGCUACCGUAACUGAUUAUUGUUACAAUAAUUUUUGGCAUAUACACUACUUGUUUUACCAAGGGAGGUUGUUGAACAAAUUCUUAGCAUUCUAGUUGGUUUUGAUACUUUGGAGGAUAAGUGUAGUUGGAGUGGAACACAA